AUGGGGAAAAGGAAGGAACGCUCGCUGCUGUACGGCUGCUAUUUGCUGCAAUCGGCUCGCAACCAGCGGAGGACCUACAUUGGUUUCACCAUGGAUCCCAAAAGACGGCUCCGUCAGCACAAUGGUGAAAUCAAAGGUGGAGCGUGCAAGACGCAUAAGUGGAAACCAUGGAGGAUGGUUCUUUGCGUAUGGGGCUUCCCCGGCAAAGUCUUAGCCCUCCAGUUUGAGUACGCCUGGCAGCAUCCAUCGCUUUCUCGACACGUUAGAGGAAAGGUAGCUCACUUGGGGUUUUGCAAGCUUGCAGGGCAUGGAAAGCAGUGUCCUGUGCUAGGCGUUGACAAGAACGUCCGGGUGCUACUGGAGAUGUUGCAAGCACUUCCAUACUGUCGAAUGCCUUUGCGAGUACACUUUCUCGAUGAAGGCUCUUGGGCAGUUUCGCAGAAGAUGUUUGGCAGCAACCUGCCGAACCAUCUGACCUUGACCCAUGGCAGCUUCGACGAGCUACAGCAUCUGUGCAAGCAGAGGAUGACUCUGGUCAUGCCACCGAUGGAAUCGUCCGAGUGUGGAAGAUGCUCGGGACAGCUGAGACCAGGCGACAGGAUUGUGCAGUGCCCCCACUGCCAAGCUCUGCUGCACCUCCCUUGUGCUGCCAUCCUCUUCACCGGCACAUCGAGAAAGCUAAUGCCCGACGAGCCAGCCUUCUGUUUGCGGUGCUCCACUAGUAUGGACUGGUUAGUGCUGCUUCGCAACCAGCGACUGGUGCGCUCUCCCGCAGAAGAGGAUGAGUGCAAAGUGCAGGGUGAAGCUGAGAACGCGGACUCACAUGAGGAACUGUCGGAGGCAUAUUUGCUUUCUCAAGGAGAUUCGGACUUACAACUCUCGCAGGAUAGCCUGAGUCAGGCUUGCAUUGCAAGUCAAGAUCUCUCCCUGCCAUCUCGCAGCCCUCUUCCUUCUCCGGGCUACCCCGACAGUGCGGAAGUGGCACCCGAGCUUGAGAACGAGAUUGCAGCGGCUGAAGAAGCUCCCAAAGUCUGCUUGCCAAAGAGUCGUAAGAAGCCUGGCAGCCUUGAGCGGUGUGCCAAGAGCUGCCACAAUGCAUGUCGAGUUCUUUCAAGGGUGCAAAGGAACGCAAAGGCCGCCAAGCCAUUGCCAGCAUUGCCACCGGACAAGGAGCAAAACACAGCAAGCACAGCCGCAAGCACAGCCGCAAGCACAGGCAGCCUCAGGGAGCGAUUGGCACAACGCACAGGGAGGUCCGCCUACUGCAUUUGA